GAAUGAGGAGGAGGAGUAUUUCAGAAGGAAGCCCAUCACCUCCCUGCGCCGGUCCGCUCCUGCUCUGAUUUCGAUGCGCUGCACGCCAAAAACGACGCCUACGCAAGAGAGAGAGAGAGAAACGACGCCGCUGCUGCUGCCACUGCCACUGUACUGGAUGGGGAUGGAUGGAGUGACCAGUGAGUGCAGUGGCAGUGGCAUUUAACUGCGCCUGUGCUCUCCCUAGCUCGCAGGCAGGCUCCAUCUGAGGAGAGGCGGGCCUCGUCGGGCUUUCUAGUUUCUAGCUGCUUCUCAAUCUCAAUCCCUCCUUGUUCCUCACACCAGACCAUCCAUUGCGGGGCGGAGGUCGCUGGAGAGGGAGAGGGACUGCGAGAGCGAUCGAGGUGGGAGAAACAAGAAGGGAGAGAAGGAAUUACUAGUCAGAGCAGCAGGAGGCGGUUGAGGAUGAUGCUGAGGAGGGCGGUGUCUGACCAGGCCGCGGCGGGGGACGAGCUUGAUGUGGCAGCAGGGAAGCCCCGCGGCGCGGCUCUCUUCGCCGCGCCGCGGCUGCUCGUGGGCCUCGGCGCCGCCAAGCCCGGCGACUGCGACUCGACGGCGCGCAGCCCCAAGUCGCCGCUGGACCUCAGGGCCGCCUUCCCCGCGCCCGGCGGCUCGCCGCUCCGGUCCCCGCGCAGGAGCUGGGACUCUCAGCGCGUCGGCCUCGGUGGCCUGGUCGACACCCUCGCCGAGCCCGACGCCGAAGCCAAGACUCGCAUGCUCGGGUCCCUGAUGCGACCGUCCAAGCUCCAAUGCCUCACGAAAUCCUAUAGAAACACUUCCCUGCCGAAAGACUGCGGGCUUGCGCAGCCGGAGUUUGGGGAGAUUGAGGCUGCGGCUGCCGCUGCCGCAGCUGGCGCCGGGGGCAUGUCGGUUCCGUGCACUAGGUUCUACGGGGAUGUGAAGUCUGGUCCAGAGAUCGUCGUCUCCGGUGGUGCUCAGCUCGGGUUCAGUAGCCACUCCACUGACCUUGGCAAGCUCUGGGCGCCUGGGUCGCUGCCGGUGUCGAUUGGUGGUCCGCGCCGGUACAUCGGGUCGGUGUCGGCCACGGAGGUCGAGCAGUCGGAGGACUACACUUGCAUCAUAGCUCACGGUCCCAAUCCAAAGACCAUCCGCAUUUUGGGGGAUUGCAUCUUGGAACCCUGCACUGCUCGUGUGCGUGAUGGCAAGUGUGAGGGGAUCGAUGAGGUGGAGGAAGGAGCUGGAGCUGAGUCCUACUGGCUGGUGAAGUGUUCCGAUGACACUGGCGAGGAGGAGUCCAGCCGCUUCUGCUCAUGUUGCAAGAAGAACCUGGAUGGCAAGGAAUCUUGCGUUUAUUGUGGUGAGAAUGGAUUUUCUGGUGGCAACUGCAGGGACCAAGAAAUUCUAAAUGAAGGGGAGCAUGAGAACAAGACGGUCUCCUCUCCCAACUCAUCCGGCCCAUCUUCACCGUUCCACGAGGAUGACAUCUUCAUCGAUGGAAUGGUCGUGUUUACAUGAUCUAUGUCUCCUCAGAUACCUGAUCAGUGCACCAAGCUCCGGAGCCAAUAAUGUAAGUCACAGUCGUCGUCGCCACCGAUCACCACCGCCUCCAUAGUUAGGUUGCUGGUUUUUGUAAGUUCUGUUUCAGCAGUUGAGAAAUUGGGUGGCAUUAGUGGCUCAUUGAUGGAUUGGAAGCUGUUUGUAGCUCGGCUUAUAGAAGAAGAAAAAAUAGAGGCUGCCUGCCUUUAGCCCCGUUGUUUUGGUCCUAAGGCUGUUGGCCACUGCCAGAUCCUUUUCUUAAUUCUCUUUUCUUUGGCUCCCUCUUGGUAGCGAUGACAAUGUCUACCUGAUGUAAGUUUGGACAAGUUCAUGAGAGUAAUGGCAUUGAGCUGCUUUGCUAAA